CUGGUCAUGCAGAUCAUUCUUCGACGCGACUUGAUGACUACUCACGGUUGGCCUUUAGGUCCCAUGAUGGCUCAAAGUGCUCAUGCAGCCACCGCCGUAUUACACGUCUAUCGGGAUCACCCCAAUGUCAAGACGUAUCUAGAAGGCGAAGAUGGAAACGGGUUUUUGGGUAUGAGAAAGGUGGUGAUGGAGACCGUAGAUGAAGACUCUCUUCGAUCUUUAGUCAGCAAGUUGGACUCUCUCAGUCCGAAGAUACCUUAUCAUAUGUGGAUAGAGCAACCGGAAAACAUUCCAACGGCUUUGGCUUUGAUUCCCAAUAACAGACCGAAGGCACUUAAGAAAAUACUAGAAGAGACCGGAUGCACAUUAUGGAGA